GAGAGAUGAGACUCUCGGCAGCAGGAAUUGGACUAGCGAGAUGACGCCAUGAUGUUCGUUCAGGUUUUUUGAGCAGGUUUGCCAUUUUUCGAGAAAUCGAGAUUCUUCUGGUCUUUGAACGUUUGAACUAAUUUGAAGUUGAACCGACUGUGAUUUUAAUUUUUGAUCAUCAACAGUUUCAAGUUUGAUUUUCAGUUUUGUACCUACGUGAAUUAAAUAAUUCAAUGACAUCGCGUUGGGUGAUUUGAUUUUAUUGUUGUUAUUGUUAUUAAAUUGAUCGGUGUCGUGAGUAGAGUGCAACUAAAAAAUGUAAAUAUUUGAGUUGGUAUCAAGAAGAGUGAAGAACAUUAUUCAAACCUUUUUUAUUACUAAGCGUUGACUCAUACCUUCAAUCAUCAUUAGUAUUAGUUGUUUAAUUUAAUUUAAUUUAAUUCAAAUACCUAUAAUUCAACAUGCCAUCUUGGAGCGAUAAAGUCAAUCUAAAAUCCUGCCUUUGGUUUGAAGGCGAAGAUAAGAGUAACUCAGCUGCAGCCAUACUAGCUGGUAUUUUAUUCUCUGUCGGAUGGUGGUUAAUGAUCGAUGCCACUUUCGUGUAUCCUGCAGCAAUCAGUAGUGGUCAUUAUGUAUGUGGUAUUCUAGGUACGAUAUCAUUGAUCAUGGUAAAUUCAGUUUCCAAGUCGCAAAUUCAUGGAGAUGGAAAUUAUGCCGGAGGAUAUUUCGGUCCUAAUGGAGCUCAAUUAUGGUUCUUUGUCGGUUUUGUAUUGGGAUUCUUGUCAGUUAUUGCUUCAUUUUUAAUUUUUGCCGACUUGGUUCGGCGUUCUAAAGAGAAAGUGCCAGGAGUUGAAUUACUCUUGCAGAAUAUUCUCAUCCUCGCCAGCUCUAUAAUUUACAGAUUUGGACGAGUUGAAAAGAACACGUGGUGAAUCAAUCAAUUAAUAGGUACCUAUAAUACGGUGAAUUUUUUAUACGUUCAUUUUUCAUCAAUUCUAGAUUCAAUAAUCAAAAGAUAUGUUCCUUGAUCUCACCUAAUGUAGUAUAUAUUUCUGUUCUUCAAUGAUAUAUAAUUUAUUUUGCACCAAGAAGUAUAUUUAUUGUUCGACUUACAAUUUUUCUCCAACAGUAAUUUUUAUUUUAUUAACACCAAGGGCUUUUCAUAAGGGAGGCAGCACUAAUGGAUGAUUUGGAGAGGUUUUUUAUCGAAAAGCUGCGUAUUCCGUAUGUAACGAAGCAGUCUGCUACAAAAUUGUGAAUUUUCAGUGAACAAUUUUUCAUUGUAGCUCUUCUUAUUUGCUUUUUCACCUUGGGUGGGAGGGGGGAGGAGGCGAGGAUAUGUACCAUAAUGAGAAAAUUUUCACACGUUAUAAUUGCGUAAGUACUUGACGUUAUCUAUGGCGUCACAAAAACUGUUGGCUGAUAAAAACAAAGUAGAAAGAGUUUAGCAAUGUUUACUAUUUAGAGUUGAAGAAAGUGACUUGGCAGAUACAAAGGAGUCUUAUGUAUAGCGUAUUACGCAACACAUAAGAUACCUUUCUAAAUAACGUGGAGGGCUGAAUUAUUGAA